UGAUUUGAAGUUCGUGUUGUUUCUCUACGUUUUCGCUAAUUGCGAUCUUGAAUGACCCACGUUUGUAUCGUGUUCUUACAUUUCAAAGUCCAGGCUGUUCGGCUCAGAUUUAGAAGUGAUCAUUCAGCUCUUGACUUGAUUAGGGAGAAGGAUGGCAGGAGCAACUUUCAUGCGAUUUGCUGCCCGGACUGUGCUAUCGGCACCUGCUUGUAAAGCCGUCAAGAUCAGAGGAUAUCAUCGACAAUACUUGACUACUUUCAGGAGCAAUACCUCAACUAUUAACGGUGGAAGAACUGCAUUCUUGCUCACCUUACCAGUACUAUCUUAUCUAGGCGUGGAAGCCUACAGGAGGGUGCAGAGUGCAACUGUGGUCCAUGCUCUGGAAAAAGCUGAAGAGGCUGUGGAACAAGCAGACUACCUGUAUAGCUGUGGGGAGACAGAGAAACUCUACCAGCUUCUGCUACAGUAUAAGGACAGUGAUGAUGCGGAGUUCCUGUGGAGGCUGGCGCGGGCAUCUCGUGACCUCUCCCUCCUCGCUCACAUUGCUGCUGACGAGAAGAAGAGGCUGACCUUUGAGGCGUUUGAAUACGCCAAGAAGGCCCUGGAGAAAAAUGAGGCCUGCUUCGCAGCACACAAAUGGUAUGCAGUGUGCCUCAGUGACAUAGGCGAUUACGAGGGGGUCAAAGUAAAAAUAGGAAAUUCUUACAUCAUUAAAGAACAUUUGCAGAGGGCUAUCGAGCUAAAUCCUAAAGAUGCCACAUCUAUCCAUAUCUUGGGUUAUUGGUGUUUUGCCUUCGCUGAGUUGGCGUGGUAUCAACGUAAAGUGGCAGCCAUGAUCUUCGCCUCUCCUCCCACUGCUACAUACGAAGAGGCUUUGGCUUUCUUCCUGAAAGCUGAAGAAGUGGACCCAAACUUCUACAGUAAGAAUCUACUUAUGCUGGGGAAGUCCUACAUGUCAUUGAAGGACGAGGGGAAUGCUGUGCUCUGGCUGAGAAAGGCACGGGACUACCCCCCUCACACAGAGGAAGACAAGGAGGUCCAUAAAGAAGCCCUUGACCUUCUAAAGAAGCUCAGUGCAUAAGAUGACCUAGUCACACGGAGGCAAGAGUGCACUGUGUUGAUAAUAGGUGUAAUCUAUGUCUAUCUACUAUAUGCAUAUUUUUGUUCCUAACGCAAGAGUGUACAUAGGCUAUAAUGUACGGCCUUAACAGGAAAUGAUACAUGCUUUUCCACUAACCUGUGUAUAGUGAUUUACAGAUGCUGUGAUUUAACUUUAAUUAAACGUUAUUUUAAUUUAA